CGACGGUGACGACGUUACGGGCGGGCAGUGUACCGUUCAACGUUGCACAGCACUCACCGCCGCCGCCGAUAGCGUUUCCGAACGGUAUUCGGAUCCACCGCGCUCGCUCUCUUGGUGACGGAAUUAUUGAAUUAUAUUAUCAUCCUGCCGCGCAUGUCGUCCGAGACCAAUUACCAUCAGCGUUCUGUACGCGUAUGUCUGGUUUUCUCCCCGACUUGUGGUCGUGUACGAUAUGUCAAAACGCGAUAACGACCAACGACGACGACGUCGGCGCGACGGCGAAGACUUCGCGACCGUCACUUCCCCGACAAUAAAAAUUGAAACGGACACAUCUGUAAUGGGAAUAGAGGCUGCAGUGCUGCGGGCGAUACAGAAACAACCUCGGAGUAUGGACUUGGAGGAUACCGUAUGUUGAUAGAAAUAUUAUGUAACGAUGAAUGACAAUCACGUGAAGUCGUAUAGUACGUUGUAUACGAUUUGAUAAUAUCGUACAAUACAUCGAAUGUUAUAACAUCUACGUCACGGAGCUUUGAGCUAGUGCCGCCGCGGCUGCAGCAGGACGUCCGGUCGGCCACCCGGUGAUGGGGCAUCACAAUCACACCGUCGAGUCGGCAAACAACGCGUUCGCACCACCACCACCACCACUACCACCACCACAAUCUGCAUCGCAGCCUCGUUCGUCGCGGGCCAUCACAACUCUGCGGGACGUGAUCGGCACCACCGCUGCGGCGGGCCGCAAUCUGCACAACAGCAACGACCGCGGUGCUGGCAAUUGCACCGGCGCAACGUCGACAAUCGCACCGGUGGCGGCCGCGAUGCUGAACGGAACGGCCGUGCCUGACCGUUCGGCCAGCGACUACUAUUACUAUUACGCGUACGACAACGCUACCGAGACCGCCCUGUUCUUCCCGCUCAACGGCUCUGCGGCCGGCGGACGGACCGGGCCGUUCGGGAAAUCCAACUGCCAGUGGAUACCCGCCCAGCAGAGCCUUUUCCAGUUCUCUAACAUUUGUUUCCUGACCGCUUUCAUAGUUCCCAGGAGUUACAAGCUCAGCGUGUUGUCACUGAGGGCGUUGCUGUUCUUAGGGUUUCUGAUCUCGGGUCUUUGGGCAUCCACGGACGUGUGUGCGGUGGAUGCGUUGCUCUGGUACGGAUCACUGGCUCUGAUCAACGGUGUGCACACGCUUAAACUGUGUAAGAAACUCAUGCCACCAGCACUAUCGGUCGAACUCAUGGAAUUGUACUUGAGGGUGUUCAAGCCGCUCAAAGUCAGCCAGAAACACUUCCGGGAGCUAACGCGGGAGGCGGCCAUCGAGGAAUUGUCCCCCGGCGAGUGUUACGCGGUCGAGGCGGUGACGGCCUGUGACCAGCGACUGUCCAUUCUACUCAGAGGCAGGUGUGGUGUUACUUGCGAAGGUACACAGUUGCACAAUAUCAGUUCGUAUCAGUUCAUUGAUUCACCCGAAUGGAUGGCUUCAGCUCUAAUGCACGGAGAAACUAUGUUCCAAGUAACGAUAACGGCUGCUGAAGAUUGUGUUUACUUAUGUUGGCAACUUUCAAAGCUCAAUCGGAUAUUUAAACACAGAACCCAAUUGCACGCUGUACUCACUAGUAUCAUAGGCAAAGACAUAACGCACAAAAUGUACUCGCUGAACGAGCAGCUUGGUCAAGCAAAAAGUUUCGAUGAUCAGACGCGUGCUGCGCGCAACGACCAUUGGCGGCAAGCGAUUUACAGGAGUGUCAGCUACGACGCCGUUAACACGGGGACCAAAGGAACGGUCAGGUCGAACGCUUGGAAACGAUAUAGAGACCGAAAGGCGUCGUUGUUCGCGGAUCCCGGCGAAAGUCCGGUGCACGGUCCGCGGAGGUGCUGGAUACCGGUGUUGACCACGCAACUUUCGGAUAGCACCACGGCAUACGCCAGCAUGGACGGGCAAUCGUCUUCGGCCGACGAGGAGCGCGAGCCGAUGCUCCCCGGGGACGACCACCAGUCGGACGACAUUCCACUGUACCGGUUGGACGGACAGAAGCAGUCGGCCGCCUCGUUGGCAUCGACACAGGCGAUUGCGCCAGAGACGGCCGGCCUGGAGCUCAACGCGGAAGCGGCCCAGCGACCACGGCGCCCCAGCACGCUGCGGCGCCAAAACAGCAACGCCAGCAACAGGGUCGAAGUGAUUUUCGACGAGACGGUACUCUAAGAUGGCGUACACAAAUCGUUAUUUUAGGGAUCGAUGCUUAUUGCAUUUGCAUGUUUUUUCUGUCUGUCCGUUUUAUUGCUGAACAAUGGCUAUGAAUUUGAUUUAUGCUAAUAAGAAUUUAUUAGUGAAUUUUUAAUAAGCAAUUUUGGACAUUUAUUAUUAUGAUUAUACGCAGCCAUUUUAUGUAUUUCACACAUUAAUUGUACGGCAAAUAAUAAAUCUAUGAAUUUAUGAGUUGUGAUAAAAAUAAAAUCUAAAAACACGGUACACUUCUAUCUCGUAGUGUUAUUGUCAAAGAUUUUCAUAAUGUAUGUGUUUAUUUACUCGUAUGCAAAUGUAUUCUGCACGGAAACGCUAUUAUGAACGCCUUAUUUUAUUUUUGAUGGGUAGAAAAUAACAACAAUAAUUAAAGCUGGGCAAGUUAACAUAGUUUUUCAAAUAGUUUAAGAAAAGUUACUUCUAUAUCACUACUAAUGAAGUUACAAUACAAACUGGUUUCAGAAAUUUGGCAAAUUUCCAUCUUAGUUAAAAGUAAGUUUUUUUUUUUACAUAAAUUUGAAACCAGUUUAUUCAAAUGCAAAGUACUUAUUAAAUUAAAUAAUAUGUAACUAAAAUCAUAGGUGAUGACAUUGAUUAAAUUAAUUGACUGCCGCGGUGGCACCACUAAGACUUAAGUAAUUUAUUAAACUUGGCGCCACGCCGUAUGUAUAUACCGUACCACAUGUAUUACAAGAAAUAUAUUAUGAGAAAUGUAACAAUUAUCAAAAAACACUAUUAUUUAAUUAUAACAAAUUAUACAUCAAUGAUUAAUUAUUUUACAGUAUUCCGGACGGUAGUCACCUGUGUAAUGAAAUACUAGGUUUUACGCAGUGAAUUCAAAAAUAACAAGUUACUUUUUGUAUUUAAGUAUUUAACAUAAUAUUAGAUCAGAUAAUUCCAAGCACUAAUUUCUAAUCCUUAAGUUAGAAAGUUACUUUUUAACGAAACGUUAACUUUCUAACUAGUUAGAGCCCAGCUUUUGACAAUAAUGGAUAGAAAAUACAGUGAGUGUUCAGUGUUCACCAAAGUCUAACUAACUAUAAUGGUUUAAAAUCGUUAUCAGGAAUGAUUUUAAUCUUUCUAAGGUUAAAUCAUUUAUUUGGUUUUAUCACAGUCUUUUGUAAUGUAAUAAUGUAAUAUAUCUACCUAAAAACACAGUCUAUUUCGUUUCGGAAUAUAACGUUAUCAAUUAUAAUGGUAAAAAAUGAGGUGAUGCCUUGAUGGUAAAAAUAUAAGUAAAAGACAUUUUUAGUGCAAUUUUGUAUAUUUUGAAAUAUUAGCAAAUUAAAAGUUUUGCAGUACUAAUAGGUACUUAGGUACCUAACAACUUAUCGAGCCUUAUAAAUUAAUAAAUUAGUAAUUCAAUUUAUGUACGUCACUUUGAUUUCAUUCGAAAGUAUGUAAAUUAUAAUUUUAAAUAUAAUAUCGUAUUAUAAAUAUUUAUCAUAAAAUAUUGCCAGUGGUUAAAAUAUAUUAUAUUAUAAUAUGAUGAACAUUUUCAUCUGUUUUGGGCUGUACCUAUUGGCUAUUACACAAUUAAUAAUUAUACAUACCGUUGUCGAUGAUCUUCGUUUUAUAAUAAUAUUAUGUAAUUUUACUAGAUACAUACCUAUAUGUAUAUUUUAUUCGUUGUUCUUAAAAGUCUGAGAACAGCGAUACCUAAGUAUAUAUAAGUUAUAUUGUAUAAUAUAUAUUAUAUACACCUAUAGUUACAAUAAUAAUAAACACCAACGAUUCAACACUAUUAAAUAAUAAUGAAAAAAUGUAUAAUAACACUACGAUAUUGUGAUUUACGAGCAAAGUGCAACAAUGUAACUUGUAAGUAGGUAUCUAAUGGUUAAUACAUGAAAUAAUAUUGUUUAUUAUGCUGCUGUAAUUUAUAAUAUUAUAUGACCAAUGUUAAAAAAACCUACUUUUUUUUUGUAACAAACCAACUUUUUACAAUACGAUCUUGUCAAUGGUUUUUAUUUUCAUGUCUGAAAUUCAGAAAAAUGUAUGUUCCUAAAUACUAAUUAUUGAACUCGUACAAAAUUAAGAAAGUGAAUGAUAUUAUAAAAUUGAAUUUCCGUAAUUGAUAAUAUUUUUUAUUAUACCAAAUGUCUGGCUAUCGUUCAAUUUUAGAAACGAAUAUAUAUUCUAUGCUAAAUUCCAACGAAUUAUCAAUGAGUGUGAUUGAUAGUAAUUAAAUUGUACCUAGUAAGAUUUUUGAUAUUUAGAUUAAUUAAGUAAAAACAAUAACAACUGUGAAAUAUUGUUAUGAUAUUGUGCACAGUGCACACUCAAACCAAAUUAAUGCAAUAAUAUAAAAUUAAAAAUUAUUAAGCACUUUUACAAUAAAUUACUGAAUAUGGUGAUGUGUAUAUAAAGUUAAAAUAGGUACCUACUUACCAAUUUUUAUUUUUAUUUAUGCAUACAAAGUUGAUCAGUAAGAUGCAAGACAAUCGAAACAAAUAGAUAUACGUUAUGUACAAGUUGUUGACGGUAAUAUAUUCAAUUUUUUUUUUAAAUUUAACAUUCAAUAGGUUUUGAUUAACAUGUAGUAUAUGUAAAACUACAUUUUUUGAUGACUUACAUUUAAAAUACUAGUGCUGAGAGCUCAUAAAUAAUAUUUAAAGGUCUUUGAUAAUACUUACAUAUUAUAGAACAAAGUUUAUUGAUGUCAUUUAAUUAUUAUUAUUUAAAUCAAGAAACAACAUUUUGAUUAGUCAUUUGUAUUUUUAACUUGUGUGAUUAGUGGUUACCAAUCAAAUCAAAAUACAAGUUAUUUUAAUUCAAUCUUUUUGUUACGUUUCUUAGAGUUUCAAGUGUUGACAUGUAUUGUUCAAGUGAAAUGUCUUAUAAAGUAUAUAAAAAUUAUUAUCUAUAUAAAAUGCUCAUCACCAUAAUAACCAAUUAUCAUAAAAUGUGUUAAAAAUAAAUUAAUACUAUUUCACAUUAAAUGAUUUUUUUUUAGUUAAAUAUUAAAUUGUAUAUACGAUAUAUAUUAUUGAUAUGUUUUAUGUGUAGAUAAUCAACAUAUUUUGUGUAACCGUUUAUUGUUAUAAUAUAUAUACUAGCUGAUACUGCGCAUUUCAUUGCUCGUAAGAAAUUACAACUUUUAAAAAAGUUGUGAUUGUUCAAACUUCUUUUGAUUGCAACUCAACCCCUGGUAGGCAAUCCGAUUACGUCGGAUUGCGGACAACAUGCUACACCAUAAUAUCAAGUAGGCAAUGUGUGUAAAUUUGAAUUGAUGCAUGCUUGCACCUGAUCUGCCCGAUUAACCAAUGGCAACCAAAUAAUAAUUGCUAAUUUUUACUAAUUCUUUCUCUUAUAACCAAUAGCAACCAUUUAAAACAAACAUUUCCACCGUAAAUCUCAAAAUCCUCGUUUGAGCACCUCCCCGGGUUGUACCUAGGAGGGUGAAAAAUACUUUACGACCUAUUCUCUUACCAACCAAAUAUACAAAAAAUUUUUUAUUAAAAUCGGUCAAGCCAUUUCGAAGGAGUGCGACCACAAACACAGUGACAUGCAAUUUUUAUAUAUUAGAGAAGAAAGAUUUAUGUUGCUCAGUGUUUAACAAUAGAUUCUAGAAUUUAAAAAUACUAUUAAGGAAUAUAAUUUAAUGAUAUUUUAUAGCGUGUUAUAUUGAGGCUACAUAAUAUAACAUUGAGGAUCAUCUUUCUAUACUUUUAGUAUUAACAUUAUGCUAUAUCGCUACACAACUUAGGCAAUCAUAAUGAGACUAUUAUUACUAAGCACAGGUUUUAAUUAGAUAGAAAUAAUAACAGUAGCAUGAUAAUGUUCUCUUAAUUCUGCUCACAAGCUAAAAGCUUGAUAUUUUUGUUAUUUUUAAAUUUAUGAAGAUAAAAAAAAUCAAUGUGGAAGUGUUAUUGCUAUCAAAUACUAAAUGUUUCAAAUAUAUUUGUGUGCGUGCAUUUUUGAAUAUUAUUAAACUAAGAUAUUGGAUUACAAUUAAUAAUAACCUAUUACAUUUUUAUUAAUGUGAUUAUUUUUUAAAAAAGCAGCUUUUUAUAAACAAAUUGUUUUGUAUACAUUAUUUUCAUAGAAUUGAUGGAAAAUAGAAAAAUUUAAUGUGUUAUAAUCGUUGAAUGUUAUUAAUAAAAUUAAUAAAAUUAUAUUUAAAAACAUAA